AUGGUGCCGUUGCCACUGUUCAAGCUCGCCUCGCUUUUCGUGCGACAUGUUUCCAAGUAUGGCGCCAACCGAAUUAAGGCGCAGGCCCAUGACCACCCCAAGUUCCGCGCCUUUGCCGCUCGCUAUGGGCAGUCCAUCCACCAGCUGAACAUGAAACUAUCGGUGGCCCUCCUCCGAGAUCCAGAGGCCGAGCGAAGAGCCAAAGAAAAAGCCGAGGCGCCGACGGUGAAGACGGAAGAGCAGCAGAAGAAGGACGAUGCGGCCAGGGAGAAGGAGGCAAUGAAGCCGCCACAUGGCUCGACAAGAAAGCCAAGAUUCUCCUUCCAAAACGUAUGGAAGCGGAAGUUCCGCUCACUCCCAGAAGCAAAGGCAGUGGAUCUAUUCGCAGAUGUCAUCGGAGAUACCUUUAUACUGGGGGUGGCAGGCGGCCUGAUCAUCUACGAAUAUUGGAAAGCAUUGAAGAAACCCGACAUCAACAAGGAGCGCAUCCAAGAGCUCAAUGAGAAGCUCGAAGAGUUGAAGCAGAGGGAGGACGAGCUCGAGGCGGCAGAAGGCAGGCAUCGCGAACGCUUCGAAUCGCUAGAGCAGUCGUUGAAGGCGCUGCGAGCGGCCCACGACGCCAAGGCCAAGGAACCCCCAAUACCGCCAUUAUAG